AUGCGUACCUACGACGACGCCUUCAGCGGUCAGAAGAUCUACCCCGGCAAGGGUAAGCUCUUCGUCCGUGGUGACUCCAAGAUCUUCCGUUUCCAGAACGGAAAGUCCGAGUCCCUUUUCCUUCAGCGCAAGAACCCCCGCCGCAUCGCAUGGACUGUUCUCUUCCGUCGCCAGCACCGCAAGGGUAUCUCUGAGGAGGUCGCCAAGAAGCGCACCCGCCGUGUUGUCAAGAACCAGCGUGCCAUCGUUGGUGCUUCCCUCGACGUGAUCAAGGAGCGCCGCUCCCAGCGCCCCGAGGCUCGUGAGGCCGCCCGCAAGCAGGCCAUCAAGGAGGCCAAGGAGAAGAAGGCUGCUUCCUCCGCCGCCAAGAAGGCCGAGAAGGCCAAGUCCGCUGCCUCCAAGGGUGGUGCCCAGCGCAUCCAGAGCAAGCAGGGUGCUAAGGGCUCUGCCCCCAAGGUCGCCGCCAAGUCCCGCUAA